UUCGAAUAGGCAAAAGUACGGUAUCGAAAAUAAUAUCAGAGACUACAACUGCAAUUUGGAAUAUUUUACAACCAAUUGUUCUAAAACAACCAACAGAAAAUGACUGGAAGAGAAUUGCUAAGGAAUUUAAUGAUAAAUGGAAUUUCGUAAAUUGUAUUGGAGCAAUAGAUGGGAAACAUAUUAUUAUUCAGACAUUGGAGCAGGACACCAAAGCGAUGGAGGAAUAUUUCAAAGAAGUGACAUUGGUAUUGCUUUUGAAAGCAAUCUAUUAAAUGUACCUCCUCCUGAAAAUAUUUUAGAGAAUUGUAUGUUACCAUUUGUUUUGGUUGGAGAUGAAGCAUUUGCCUUAAAAACAUACAUGAUGCGACCAUUUCCCCGAAAUUCUCUAACUUACGAAAAAAGAAUCUUUAACUAUCGAUUAAGUCGUGCACGUCGUACCAUUGAAAGCGCCUUUGGUAUUUUAGCAUCCCGAUGGCGAAUAUUUCGUAAACCAAUUAUAGCGUCUUUGGAGACUGUCGAUAAUAUUAUCAAAGCAUCUCUUUGUCUUUAUAAUUUUAUAAUAAAGGAUGAAUUACAAAAAUUCGUAAAUAAAUCACGGAAUGUAUUUACUAGAAUGUUUGAUGAAAGUAAUGAAUGUGGAGCUAUGAGAGAUAUUACUUAUAUAGAUACAAAUGAACGCACAUCACAUAAUGCUGUAACAAUAAGAAAUAAAUUUGUAAAUUAUUUUAUGAAUGAAGGAGCGGUAUUUUGGCAAUAUGAAGCUGUUCAAAAUAAUAAUAUGUAA